AUGCCAGAUGCGUUACUGGUUACUGAGCCGAGCUAUUAUCACACCUGUAGAAGAGGAAAAGUGAAAUGUCCGGGCAGUCUACAAUGUAUCCGGGAGAGUUACAUGUGUGAUGGUGACGAAGACUGUUCAGAUGGUUCAGAUGAGAACGGAGCUUUCUGUAAAGAUUACACCUGUGUAGUAGGAGUCGUAAAAUGUCCGGGUGGUCUACAAUGUAUCAGCGAGUAUUACCUUAACAUGUGUGACGGUAGAAACGACUGUUCAGAUGGUUCAGAUGAGAACGGAGCUUUCUGUAAAGAUUACACCUGUGUAGUAGGAAGAGUAAAAUGUCCGGGUGGUCUACAAUGUAUCAGCGAGUAUUACCUUAACAUGUGUGACGGUAUAAAAGACUGUUCAGAUGGUUCAGAUGAGAACGGAGCUUUCUGUAAAGAUUACACAUGUAUGAGAGGAACAGUAAAAUGUCUGGGUGGUCCACAAUGUAUCAGCGAGUAUUACAUGUGUGACGGUAGAAAAGACUGUUCAGAUGGUUCAGAUGAGAACGGAGCUUUCUGUAAAGAUUAUACCUGUGGAGGAGGAAGAGUAAAAUGUCCGACCGGUCUACAAUGUAUCGACGGGUAUAACUUGUGUAACGGUGAAGAAGACUCAUGUUCAGAUGGUUCAGAUGAGAACAUAGCUUUCUGUAAAGACUACGGCUGUAGAGCAGGAAGAGUAAAAUGUCCGGGCGGUCUACAAUGUAUCGAUGAGCAACAUAAUUCAAUAUGUGACGGUAGAAACGACUGUUCAGAUGGUUCAGAUGAGAACAGAACUUUCUGUAAAGAUUACACCUGUAGAAGAGGACAAGUAAAAUGUCCGACUGGUCUACAAUGUAUCUGGGAGGAUUUUAUGUGUAACGGUGACGGAGACUGUUCAGAUGGUUCAGAUGAGAACGGAGCUUUCUGUAAAGAUUACACCUGUAGAAGAGGACAAGUAAAAUGUCCGACUGGUCUACAAUGUAUCUGGGAGGAUUUUAUGUGUAACGGUGACGGAGACUGUUCAGAUGGUUCAGAUGAGAACGGAGCUUUCUGUAAAGACUACACCUGUAUGAGAGGAAAAGCAAAAUGUCCGGGUGGAUUACAAUGUAUCAGCGAUCAGCAUUACAUGUGUGACGGUACAAACCACUGUUCAGAUGGUUCGGAUGAGAACAGAGCUUUCUGUAAAGAUUACACCUGUGGAGAAGAAAGACUGAAAUGUCCGGGCGGUCUACAAUGUAUCAGCGAGUUUAACAUGUGUGACGGUGACGAAGAAUGUUCAGAUGGUUCAGAUGAGAACAGAGCUUUCUGUAAAGAUUACACCUGUGGAGAAGAAAGACUGAAAUGUCCGGGCGGUCUACAAUGUAUCAGCGAGUUUAACAUGUGUGACGGUGACGAAGAAUGUUCAGAUGGUUCAGAUGAGAACAGAGCUUUCUGUAAAGAUUACACCUGUAGAAGAGGACAAGUAAAAUGUCCGACUGGUCUACAAUGUAUCUGGGAGAGUUACAUGUGUGACGGUGAAGAAGACUGUUCAGAUGGUUCAGAGGAGAACGGAGCUUUCUGUAAAGAUUACACCUGUAGAGGAGUUAAAGUAAAAUGUCCGACCGGUCUACAAUGUAUCGGCGAGUAUUACAUGUGUGACGGUAGAAACCACUGUUCAGAUGGUUCAGAUGAGAACGGAGCUUUCUGUAAAGGAGGAACAGUAAAAUGUCCGGGCGGUCUACAAUGUAUCGACGAGUAUAACAUGUGUGACGGUAUAAAAGACUGUUCAGAUGGUUCAGAUGAGAACGGAGCUUUCUGUAAAGAUUACACCUGUGGAGGAGGAAGAGUAAAAUGUACGGGCGGUCUACAAUGUAUCUUGGAGUAUAACAUGUGUGACGGUGAAGAAGACUGUUCAGAUGGUUCAGAUGAGAACGGAGCUUUCUGUAAAGGUUUGGCAGUUGCUAUUAACAGUAUCAGCUGCUAA